AUGGCGACUACUGCUUCAUCGCGGGUAGAUGAACUCGUACAAACUGUCACUCUGCAUAAUCCUCGGAAAUUAUUAUUCACGGGAUAUGUUCUGCCCUCUGUGAUAUUACACACUGUGUGGAUUUAUAGUUGGAUUUUUGUCUACGGAAUUGAUGAAUAUUAUGAUGCGGGUUUAGUGGGCAUUGCAGCUAUCGGCGUAUUACAAAUUUUCAUAUGUUUGUGUUGCCAGUGGUCAGUGCAUAUACACACUUUUUUUAAUUGUAGCUCGGAAAAAAAUCCAUAUAACGCGAAAAUUGCAAAAGUAGUUCCUACUCCUAAUAAUGGAAGUUCAGAACUUGUCAAACUACAUCAUUCUGAACAACAAGAACCAUGGUUUAUAUUUCAAAAAACCAAGUAUUACUGGAACUCGGAUAAAAAAAUUUUUCAAGGUCUUCAAUUUCCAAUUAAUCAUUCUGUUAAACAUUAUUGUGAAUGGAGAGGAUAUUUAGAUGAAAAAGAUAUUGCAGCAGCAGAGGAAAAAUAUGGAAAAAAUAAGUUAGAUAUGGUUGUACCAGAAUUUAGAGAACUAUUCAAAGAAAGAGCAAUUGCACCAUUUUUUGUUUUUCAACUAUUUUGCGUAGCAUUAUGGUGUUUUGAUAAAUACUGGUAUUAUAGUAUAUUUACAUUAGUUAUGCUCAUUAUGUUUGAAUGUACACUUGUGCAACAACAACUUCGAAAUAUGGCUGAAAUUAGAAAAAUGGGAAAUAAACCAUACACAAUGAUGGUUUACAGGAACAGACGAUGGCAUUCCAUGUUUACUGAUCAAUUAAUUCCUGGUGAUAUUGUAUCUAUUACACGAUCUCAAAAUGAUAAUUUAGUGCCAUGUGAUAUGUUACUUUUAAGAGGACCUUGUGUUGUUGAUGAGAGUAUGCUAACAGGUGAAUCAGUUCCUCAAAUGAAGGAACCCAUAGAAGAAAUUGAUGGAAAUAGACAGUUGGAUAUAGAAGGUGAUGAUAAACUUCAUGUACUUUUUGGGGGUACAAAGGUUGUACAACAUACUCCACCAAGUAAAAGUGUAUCUGGCCUUAAAGCUACUGAUAAUGGCUGUGUAGCCUAUGUUUUACGUACUGGAUUUUCAACAUCACAGGGAAAACUUUUGAGAACAAUAUUAUUUGGAGUUAAACGUGUUACUGCUAAUAAUUUGGAAACAUUUGGUUUUAUUUUAUUCUUGCUAAUUUUUGCAAUUGCUGCAGCAUCAUAUGUGUGGAUUAAAGGAAGUGAAGAUCCUACUAGAAAUAGAUAUAAAUUGUUCUUGGAAUGUACUCUUAUUCUAACAUCAGUUGUACCUCCAGAAUUGCCUAUUGAAUUAUCAUUAGCUGUUAAUACUUCAUUAUUGGCCUUAUCAAAAUUAGGUGUAUUUUGCACUGAACCUUUCAGAAUUCCAUUUGCUGGAAAAAUUGAAAUAUGUUGUUUUGAUAAAACUGGUACUUUAACUAGUGAUAAUUUGGUCGUCGAAGGUAUAGCAGGGAUUGAAGGAAAACCAGAUGUUAUGCAACUUUCUGAUGCACCUAUAGAAAGUAUUCAAGUACUUGCAACAUGCCAUUCUCUUGUACAAUUAGAUGAUGGAAUUGUUGGAGAUCCUCUUGAGAAAGCUACAUUAAAAGCUAUUAAAUGGAAUCUUACAAAAACUGAUUCUAUGAUACCUAGAAAAGGACAAUCACCUGUCUUAAAAAUCGUACAAAGACAUCACUUUUCUUCUGCUUUAAAACGUAUGUCAGUUGUAGCUGGAUAUACAACACCUGGAUCUUCAGAAAUCAAUUACAUGACCACUGUGAAAGGUGCUCCUGAAAUUAUUAAGAAUAUGUUAUCAUCUAUACCAGAUAAUUAUGAUUCAACAUAUUUAUCGCUUUCGCGUCGUGGAGCAAGAGUUUUAGCUUUAGGAUAUCGAAAACUUCCUGGUCCUUUAUCAUCACAAGAUUUAAGAGAACUUACACGAGAAGAAUUAGAAAAAAAUCUCAUUUUUGCUGGAUUUGUAAUUAUAAGUUGUCCGCUUAAACCUGAUUCUAAAGCUGUUAUUAAAGAGAUUGUGAAUGCUUCACAUUCGGUUGUUAUGAUUACUGGUGAUAAUCCUUUAACAGCAUGUCAUGUCAGUCGUGAAUUACAUUUUACAAAAAAAUCAAUUACGCUUAUAUUGACUUCAAAUAAUGGAGAAUGGAUAUGGGAAAGUGUGGAUAGAAAAAUAAAUUUACCUUUGGAAAUAAAAAAUGUUUCUCGGAAUAAUGAAAUAUGGCGAGAAUAUGCACUUUGUGUAACAGGAGAAGGUUUAACAUAUUUAAAAGAUAAUGAACGAGAGUUACUUCGUAAAUUAUUACCACAUAUUGUAAUUUUUGCAAGAUGUGAACCAAAACAAAAAGAAUUUAUAAUUGUUUCAUUGCAAAAUUUAGGAUACACAACUUUAAUGUGUGGAGAUGGUACUAAUGAUGUUGGUGCUUUAAAACAUGCUCAAGUGGGUGUUGCAAUUUUAUCAAGUUUACCAGAAAAAGUAUCUGCUGAAAAGCAAGAUAAUAUGAAAAAUGAACAUACUAUUUCAAAUUCAACAAUAGCAAAUGGGCCAAGAAAUAAUCCAAGAGUUUCUGCUAAUACUAGAGCAAGAAUACAAAAAAUAUUGAAAGAACUUGAAGAACAAUCUGUUAUAGUUAAAUUAGGAGAUGCAUCAAUUGCUGCACCUUUCACUAGCAAAAUGUCGUCGAUUCAAUGUAUAUGCCAUGUUAUUAAGCAAGGACGAUGCACUUUAGUUACCACUUUGCAGAUGUUCAAAAUUUUAGCACUUAAUGCAUUAGGACUUGCAUAUAGCCAAUCUGUUCUUUAUUUAGAUGGAAUAAAAUUUAGUGAUGCACAAGCAACAUUACAGGGUAUUUUACUAGCCACUUGUUUCUUAUUCAUAUCAAGAUCAAAACCAUUGAAAACAUUGUCUAAACAAAGACCUCUUCCAAAUAUCUUUAAUUUAUAUACGAUUGCGACUGUACUUCUUCAAUUUGCUGUACAUUUUUUUUCUCUUGUAUAUUUAGUUAAAGAAGCUACUUUAUUAUCUCCAAAGAGUGAUAAAUUAGCAGCUAUAUUAGCUCCAAAUAAUCUAUAUAAUGAAAGUAUGGCCUUGAAUACAAAUUUUAAUGAUGAAGACGAACCAUUUGAACCAAAUUUAUUAAACAGUACAGUUUAUAUUAUUGCAAUGACAAUUCAAAUUUCUACUUUUGCAAUUAAUUAUCGGGGUCAUCCAUAUAUGGAAAGUUUAUUACAAAAUAAAUUUUUAUUAUAUAGUCUUAUAGGCAAUGCUGCCGUUAUAUUGGGAUUAACAUGUGGAUUUUUACCUGAAUUAGCAACACAAUUUGAAAUUGUAGAUUUUCCAAGUGAUUUCCGCAGUCUUUUAAUUCAAGUAUUAAUAGCAGACUUUAUUCUUGCAUAUAUAGUUGAUAGAAUCUGCUUAUGGCUUUUUGGAGAAGGGAGACAUCAAAAACUGUGAUUAGUACACAAUUUCUAUAUUCCACUUUUAACUCGAAAAGUGCGAAAAAUUAAAUAUGCAAAUUUGUUUUCUUAUUUCACAAAGAACAAAUUAUCUUUGUUUAUUAUUAUAUUUAUGAAUUAUAUUACGAUUCCUAUAUGGAAUAUAAUGCUUUUAAAAGACUGACCAAUAUAUAAUUGAGAAGUCAUUAUUAAAAAUUCAUAUUGUUGAUGGUUUUAUAUUAAUGAAAUCUUUGUUACUCAUUGACAAAUUUAAUGAUAAUUCUUUGUGAAAUAAGAAGAUUAAAAAAAAUUGAGAUAUAUAUUAUAUAUAUAUAUAUAUAUAAAUACACACAUAUGUAUAUGAGUAUGUGGUAUGUAUGUUUUAAUGAGUGUAAGUAUUACCAUAAAAAGUGAAAUAGUAAAAAGAGCAUGCAAUGUGAGUGUGUACAAAUGAUAAGUAAAUAAUGCAUAAUAUCAUUAUUAUUAUAUAUACCAUGUUUGGAAACAAUAAGUGUACCUUGAGAACCUGAUUUAUGAGAAUUUAUAAAAACAAACUUCUCUAUUGUAUUAAAACAUA